AUGAGAAAGCCGUACCAGCGCCCAGCCGCUCAAGGACCAAAUGCUGUGAGGGGAGCAGCCCCUGUUUCAAAAGAGGACGUGACCUACUACAAGUGUAAUGAGAAGGGACACUAUGCCAACAAGUGUGGCAAGGAGAUUGUAGGCUGGCGAUGCCGAAAGCCAGGUCAUGUGGAGAGGAAUUGCCCGAGUGCGGCCAAGACCGAGCUAGUGUUGAAUACUGCCAGAAGGAGACGACCAUCUGCUCCAGGUCGUGUCUUUGCUAUUUCAGGAGAACAGGCUGCUAUUACUGAUGACCUUAUCCAGGGUACGUGUCUUAUUGCUGGAACAUCACUAAUGGUUUUAUUUGAUUCGGGUGCUACGCACUCAUUCAUUACUAAGGAUUGUGUGAAGAAGUUAGGGCUACCGACUACUGACCUACCUUUCGAUCUGGUGGUGACAACCCCUGCCGCUGAUCAAUUAGUUACACGCACAGCAUGCUUACAAUGUCCGUUGGUUUACGAGGAUCGGAAGUUCCUUGCGAACCUCGUCUGUUUAGGGCUCAGGGAGCUGGAUGUGAUUUUGGGAAUGGAUUGGUUAGCGCAAUAUCACGUGCUCUUAGAUUGUGCUAACAAGGCGGUAGUAUUCCCAGAUCCCGGCGUUACGGAUUACUUAAAUCCGUACAACCUGGGGAAGGGUUCACCGGCGUAUGUGAACUCUAUCGUUGCCGAAGAAAAACAUGAUGGUGAUGUGCGCAAUAUCUUGGUGGUACAGGAGUAUGUCGAUGUGUUUCCCGAAGAUGUACCCGGUUUGCCACCAGUCAGAGAGACGGAGUUCUCUAUUGACAUUGUGCCCGGUACUGGACCAAUAUCAAUGGCACCUUAUCGUAUGGCCCCAGCGGAGUUGGCAGAAUUGGCAAAGCAGUUGGAUGAUCUAUCCUCAAAGGGAUUCAUUCGACCUAGUGUAUCGCCAUGGGGUGCACCUGUGCAAUUGGUGUUGAGAUCUUGA